AUGACGGACAUCAGCAGUAUCGGUAUGGUUUCUUACUACAAUCCGCUCGCGAUGUACCGGCAGCAACAGCAACCGACCACCGGUCAGCAGCAGCUCGCGCAGCAGGUGCAGCAACACGCCCAGGCGCAACAGGCACAGCAACACGCGGCCACGGAGGGUGGCCAGCAAUACUGGUACGGUUGCCCGCACGGAUACACGCACGGGGCCCACCAUCAUCAAUCAGGUGGACCCCAACAGUAUUUGGAUCACGCGGAUGUCCUGUCUGGCUGGACCCAUCCGCACGCUCACCACUACUCGCACCUCCACUAUCAGCACCACCAGGCCUACCAGCAACAGCAACAACAGCAGCUGACCGGUGUGACGGAUUGGAGCGGAGACGAAGCCAAUCCCGCGGUCGGCGCCGGAGAGCCCAGUCCGCCGAUCACCGUCAGCGGAAGCGAGAUCAGCAACCCCGGAACACCCUCCACUCCACCCUCCAACAACAACAAUACUAUUACCGCCAACAACAAUAACACCACGACCCCUAUGAGACCCACGCAGAUGAGGAGCCCCUACGAGUGGAUGAAGAAGACGUCGUAUCAGAGUCAACCGAAUCCAGGAAAGACUCGAACAAAAGACAAAUACAGAGUGGUCUACACAGAUCAACAGAGGUUGGAGCUCGAAAAAGAGUUCCAUUACAGCCGUUAUAUCACGAUGCGUCGUAAGGCUGAACUUGCCGCCGCUCUUGCGCUCUCUGAACGACAGGUGAAAAUCUGGUUCCAAAACCGACGGGCGAAGGAACGGAAACAGAUGAAGAAACGCGAGGAGCUGGACAAAAAGGACACGAAGACGCUGGAGAACGUUCCGACUCGCGCGAUGGCCAAUCUGACGAUCGAGGAGAUGGGAAUGUUGGGUGGUUUGAUGCACAAUGGCGGUUCGCCGCCCCUUGGUCUCGGUCAUUCGGCUCACACGUUGUCUUUGAGCCACGGUCCGAGUUCUUUGCAUCUGCAUGCCCAUCAGCAUGCUCAUCCUCACACGGUAUUAGGCUUGUGACCUGAGGAACCGGUCACGGAAACGUGGUCCAGCCACGGCUGACCUCGUAACGCUUAAUUCUCUCUCUCUUAAAUCCGCGAUCGCGAGAAGAUCAGAGACACCGCGCUCGAUCAUCGUCGUCGAUCGAUCGUUUAAGAGCGAUCUCCUGCCUACUGUCCAUGGUAAUUACGGGGUGUUCGCUAAUUAUCGGUACAACCGAACGAGGGGACGAUUCUAUGUCAAAAAAUAAAGCGAAAACGUGGAAUAAAAGAAUUUACGCGCGGCUCCGUUUUGCAGAUAAUCGACGUUGAAAAUAAACCGAAAGUUUAAUCGCGACAGGCUAUCAGUAUUUCUAUUUCGCGAGUACCGCGUAUACUCAAAAUCGAUUAUCUCAGGGAAAGAGGCAUGAACGAGUUGCUCUGCAUUUUCGAACUGUUUUUUAGACGAUAAAUCGUCUGCACGGUUGUAACAGGAAAUUAAAGAACCACGGCCGUAUAUCGAAAUUUUUUUUCGCGAACUGCAACGAGGCCUCGAACGUUCGAAGAUCGGUAACAGUGGCGACUGACGCGGAUGAUUUUUGUUUGUUUUGGAUCGACUGUUGAGAUCAUUUGUUACGUAGUUUUCGUUAUUAUGCGCGACGCGACUAUUUUCGAGAGUUUGCGAUAAAUGUUGUACACAGUAUUAUUUUCAGUUUCGUUGGAACAAAGUUCUGG